AUAAUUUUGUUUUUAUUGAAGAAAAUAAUAAAAAUGAGAAUUUAAUAAUUAUUGUAAUAAUUUUUAUAACAAUUUAUUUUUACAAUCGAUCCAGCUAAAGUUUUAUACAAACUUUCCACCAUCAUGGAGUCUUCGUUUACAACCUGUCUCACUUGCCUUUGUAAUUCCCAUGAGGCUCACAAUCUCAAUGAGAUACUUCUGGAAAACUUUACAAUUUUGGAAAUAUUGUUUAAAAUUGUUCCACCUUUAGUGGAAAAUCAAAUAUUAACACUUUCCCAAUGGAUAUGUGUUGAUUGUUUAGAUAAAUUGGUUUUAGCUUAUAAGUUUCAUCAGCAAUGUUUGGAAUCGGUUAGUUGUUUAAAAGACGAUCAAAGAAAUGUUUGCUAUAUCCCCAACAACAUGUUUCCAUUUGAAGAAAGUCCUAUUGAUAUUAAAGAAGACCCCGAUAGCGCCAUUUAUCAAGGUGAAGCUGAGGCGGAUAGAUUAAGUGUUAAGCAGGAGAUUCAGGAAAACAGCAAUGAUAAAUUAUCUUUGUUAAAAGAAAAAUACAAGAAAAAAUCUUCUUUAAAGGUGAUCAAUUUAAAAAAACGUAGAAAAUUAAAACAGCUUAGGGCUAAGUUUAUUUGCCUGUAUUGCAACAAGGAUUUCAGCAGUUUAAAACGUUUGCAAGAACAUAAAUUAAUACAUACAAAUGAAAAUAAUGAAGUUGUUAAUAUAAACGAACAAUCCCACAUACUAUAUAAAUGUUCACAAUGUUCUAAAACGUUUGAAAAGCCGACAUCCUAUGCGGCACACUGUAGAAUACAUAGCAGAAAGUCAAUUGAGCCAAAAAGUACAAAAAACGACAAUGUAAUGAAGGGGUUUAAUGAAGAGGAUUUGGAAGAAGCAGACAGUUCUGAAAUUAAGGAAGAACGAGAAUUUUUAACAGAAACUGAGGAUGAGUCUCAAGAUGAGGAAUUAAACAACUCACAGGUGGAGUUAGUUAAUAAAACGAAUGAAAAAGCAAAAACAAAUAAUGACUCUGAAGUUGGCAGUAAUAUAAACAAACUUAUUUAUGCUUGUGAUAAAUGCGAUAAAGUAUUCAAACGUUCUUAUUGUCUAAGACGUCAUAGUACAGUACAUUCUACAGAACGACCUCAUGAAUGUAAAAUUUGUACAUAUCGCUUUGCUAGUCUUAAUAUCUUAAAGAUUCAUAUGUUUAAGCAUAAAAAAGAAUCAGGCCAAUUAGAAACACCACCGCCCCCCAAGUUCGUUAAAUGUCCAGAAUGCCCACGACGUUGUCGUAAUAAAGAUACACUUGCCAUACAUUUGCUAGAACAUAAACGUAAAAGACAUGAUAAUCCCUGUAUGGUAUGCAAGUUUAAUUGUAGUACGAAAAAAAAUUUAACCAUACACAUAAUCAGCAAACAUCCAGAGGUGGAAAAACUUAAGUGUAACGAAUGUGAAAAGAUAUUUGUUGUACGCGCCCAUCUAGAGGAACACAUCAAACGUCACAAAGACCAGGAAAAUCUAGUAUGUUUGAUAUGUGAAAAAGUAUUUCGUAAUAAUGUCACUUUAACGGAACACAUGCGUGUACAUAGUAGUGAAAAUCCCAAUCUAUGUCCUAAAUGUGGUAAAACAUAUAGCAGUAAAAGUAGUUUGAUUGAUCAUAUGAAACGACAUGAGAGCUUGAGGAAAUAUAAAUGUCCCGAAUGUCCCAUUCGUUUUAAAUGCAAAUCGGAUGUAAAGAAGCAUUUGCCAACGCAUUUACAGGUUAAGCCACAUGUCUGCGAUAAAUGUGGAGCACGUUUUACCCGAGUAUCUACUUUAGUUAAUCAUAAAAUAAAACAUUUGGGACUGCGUUCGUUUAAGUGUAGUCAGUGCAGUAUGAGUUUCACAGAACGUAAAACAUUGCUUCGUCACAUGCGUACCCAUACUGGAGAAAAACCAUACAAAUGUAAAUAUUGUGAACGGGCCUAUGCUCAAAGUAACGACUUAAAUAAACACUUGAGAAUCCAUAUCGGUGAGAAUACCUAUAUGUGUGAACAAUGUCCUAUGUCGUUUAAAUUUUAUGCCCAAUUAAAAAAACAUGAAAUUGAACAUUUUAAAAAGGCUGAAGCGGAAAAAGGCAAUCUAGAACAACAACAAGAAAAAUAACAACAAAAAGAUACUAUAACAUAAUUUGCUGUAAAAUUUGUAAUUUAUUAUUAAAGUUUUUUAUGCAAAGCGUUUAAAAACAUUUAUUUUAAUCUAU